UUCCACUAGAGUUUGCUUGUACUUGGUCCUCAGCUAUCUUCCCCUGUGUGGCCCUGCCUGGCUGCCUUCUGCCCUUUGGAGCUAAAAAUAAAACAAAGUAGGAGAUCAUGGCAAGUUCUGACUGGGCAUAUGAAGGCCAAAAUGGUCCUGAACACUGGAGCAAGCUGUAUCCCAUUGCGAAUGGAAAUAAGCAGUCUCCUGUUGAUAUUAAAACCAGUGAGGUGAAACAUGACACCUCUCUGAAACCUUUCAGUGUCUCCUACAAUCCAGCCUCUGCCAAAGAAAUUAUCAACGUAGGACAUUCCUUCCAUGUCAAUUUUGAAGAUGACAGCCAAUCAGUGCUGAAAGGCGGCCCUCUUUCUGACAGCUACCGACUUUCUCAGUUCCAUUUUCAUUGGGGCAAGACAGAUGACUAUGGUUCUGAACACACAGUGGAUGGAGUCAAAUUCUCUGCAGAGCUUCACUUUGUUCACUGGAAUUCUGCAAAGUACCCCAACAUUGCUGACUCUAUUUCCAAGGCUGAUGGCUUGGCGAUUGUUGCUGUUUUUCUGAAGGUUGGUCAGGCCAACCCAAAGCUGCAGAAAGUUCUUGAUGCACUGAGUGCAGUUAAAACUAAGGGCAAAAAAGCCUCAUUCACAAACUUUGACCCUUCCACUCUGCUUCCCCCAUCCCUGGAUUACUGGACCUACUCUGGCUCUCUGACUCAUCCCCCUCUUCACGAGAGUGUGACCUGGCUCAUCUGUAAGGACAGCAUCAGCAUCAGCUCAGAGCAGUUGGCACAAUUCCGCAGUCUUCUAUCAAAUGCUGAAGGUGAGGCUGCUGUCCCCAUACUGCACAACAACCGACCACCGCAGCCUCUGAAGGGCAGAACUGUGAAAGCUUCAUUCUGAUGGGUGC